UAGGGAAAUGCCAUGCGUCACAGACAGUCACUUACUGCUUAAAGACAUUCCAGCCUCGGCUCAGAAAUGGAGUUUUUCCAUGGUUCUCCAAUAAAUCUCCUGCUUUUAGCUGCCUGGCUUUCAAGUGUGCUGGAUCCAUGCAGAUUGUCUGACAUUUGCCAGUCCUGUCACCAGCAUGCCAGUUGUGAUGACUUGAAACAUGCCUGCUUCUGCAAAAAUGGUUUCACUGGUGAUGGAAUCAACAAUUGCCAGGAUGACAAUGAGUGUGACAAUGUAACAGGAAUAUGUGGCCCAAAUGCCAACUGCACCAACACUGUUGGAAGAUAUUACUGCACCUGUGUUUCUGGCUACACUUCAAAUGGACAGCAACAAUUUCAAACUAAUGAUGGCACCCAAUGCAAAGAUAUUGAUGAGUGCAUGGCUGCUGGUAGAUGUGGUCCCUUCUCUAAAUGCAACAACACAAAUGGUUCAUUCAUCUGCUCAUGUCUGAGAGGUUAUACAUCCCCAGCUGGGACCUGGUUCAAGCCUGGCAGAGGGACAGACUGCACAGAAAACCCAAAGAAGCACUGCCAUCAGGACCACAGGUGUAUUUUACAGGCUGUUAACAACACACUGGAAACAAUGAUUAAUCUGUCAACUCCAGAGCGCCUGAGGGAGAUAAGACAUCAAACAUCAGCUCACCUCUCUCCAGUUCUCCUCAUAUCAUACAUCGAGGCUAUGACCAGCCCUAAACUGAGUUCUAUAGAUGAGCUUGAACAUCCUGAGGAACACAUAAAUGAAACGAUCAUGGAUUUGGUUUUUAGUGUGAACAAUUUGGUGGAGAGUGAUGAAAAAGUGGAAUGGGACAAAAUAAAGGAGGAUUUAAGGAAGCAUUACCUCACCACACUGCUUCACACAGCAGAGAAGCAAACACUGGCCCUUUCUGCAUUAUACACACACUCAGUGCAGAUGCAGGUGAACGCUGGUGAUGUAGAAAUGAAACUAUUCUCGUUUGAACCCCACCAAGCACACAAGCAUCCAGUUUCAGCCACCAUGCAUGGAAACUCUAUUGCAUUGACUCCAAAGAAUGCAAAGGAUGAAAGGAAAAAUGGGAGUACCUCCAUUGUCUUUCUAAUUUAUAAGAGUAUUGGGGGUCUUCUGAAGCCCACCGAUGACCCUGGUGUCACUGAUUAUUCACGAUAUGCUGCAGCUGGUGAAAUUACAGUUAAUUCACCAGUAAUAGCAGCUGCCAUCAGUAACCCAAAGACAUUCACCCUGAACAAUGUGACCUUCACUCUCAAACACACAGAGGAAAUAGACCCUGCCCGUGAUGAAACAAAGUGUGCAUUUUGGGAGUAUUACCAGAGCAUGGUGGGACACUGGAGUUUGGAAGGGUGUAAACGAACCCAUGUGAACGCCACACACACUUCCUGUUCUUGUAAUCACCUGACACACUUUGCAAUUCUUAUGUCCUCAGCUCAGGCCAAUUUGUUUGCACACUAUAAUGUUCUGACGAGGAUAACACAGCUGGGAAUGGUUAUCUCCCUUAUCUGUCUGUCCAUGUGUAUCUUCACCUUCUGGUUCUUCCGAGACAUCCAGACCACCAGAACCAUGAUCCACAAGAACCUGUGCUGCAGCCUUUUUAUGGCUCAGUUCAUCUUCCUCAUCGGCAUCAACAAGUUUGCACACAAGUGGUUCUGUUCGCUUACUGCUGGCCUGCUCCAUUAUUUCUUCUUGGCUGCAUUUUCGUGGAUGUGUAUUGAGGGAAUUCAUUUAUAUCUUAUCGUUGUUGGUGUCAUCUACAACAAAGGUUUCCUCCACCGGAACUUCUACAUAUUUGGUUAUGGAAGCCCUGCUGUGGUCGUUGCCAUAUCUGCAACUCUUGGCUAUAAAUAUUAUGGAACUAGUACUGUGUGUUGGCUGAGCACUGAAAAUAACUUCAUCUGGAGUUUCAUUGGACCAGCCUGUCUGAUCAUUCUGACAAAUGCAUUGGAAAGGGGGUUUGGCGCAGUUCUGUCCCAGAUGGUGGAGGGGGAGGGACGCCCUGUGCUGUACAUAAGUUGCAAGCUUUCGAUGAGAGAUACAAAGUACAGCAUAAUCGAGAAGGAGUGUUUUGGCCAUCAAGUGGGUGGUCCUCACUCUCCGGCACUAUCUGUUGGGGCAUGCUUUCACCACGCCCUGCUCCAGUGGCACCAUCGCAUGAAGAUCACCAUUGGAAUCAAGCUCUUCAGCCUAUUAAGUUUGAGGUCAUCCACAGGCCGGGGGUGCAGAUGGCUGUUGCGGAUUUCCUCUCCAGAAAUGGGGAGUGGGGAGUAAUUGACAGGACGGAGGGCUCUUACAAAUUACUAUUACAAUUUGAAAAAAAAAAAAAUCUUAAACUACUUCAAAGUUUUUUCAUCAAAAAAUCCUCCAUAUGCAGCAUGACAGCUUUGUAGAUCCUUGACAUUCUAGCUGUCAGUUUUUCCAGAUACUUAGGUGAUAUUUCACCCCACACUUCCUUUAGCACUUGUCAUAGAUGUGGCUGUCUUGUCAUGCACCUUACAGUCUAGCUGAUCACACAAAUGCUGAAUGGGUUUAAGAUCCAUAACACUCUUUUCCAAUUAUAUAUAGUCAAAUGUCUGUUUCUUUGCCCACUCUUAACUUUUUUAUAUAUAUAUAUUUCAAAAUGUGCUUUUUCUUUGCAAUUCCUCCUAUUAGGCCUGCAUCCCUGAGUCUUCUCUUUACUGUUGUACAUGAAACUGGUGUUGAGUUGGUAGAUUUCAAUGAAGCUGUCAGCUGAAGACAUGUGAGGUGUUUAUUACUCAAACUAGAGAACUGAUGUACUUAUCCUCUUAAGGAUAAGUUUAGUUGUAUAUGGGCCUUCCACAUCUCAUUCUGUCCUUUUUAGAGCCAGAUGUCCUUUGUCUUUGAAAAUUGUAGUGUACACCUUUGUAUGAAAUCUUCUGUUUUUUUGGCAAUUUAAAGCAUUGUAUAAUCUUCAUUCCUCAAAACUGAGAUUCUAGAGAAAGCUGUUUCAUUUUUGCCCUUUUUUGACCUAAUAUUGCCCUUAAGACAUCCCAGUCUAUUGCAUACUGUGGCAACUCAAAAACAAACACAAAGACAAUGUUAAGCUUCAAACCAAACAAACCAAAUAGCUUUCAACUGUGUUUAAUAAUAAUGGCAAGUGAUUUUCUAGUACCAAAUUAGCAAUUUAGCAUGAUUUCUCAAGGAUAAGGUGUUGGAGUGAUGUCUGCUGGAAAUGGGGCCUGUCUAGAUUUUAUAAAACAUAACUUUUUUUCAAAUAGUGAUUGUUCUGUUUAUUACAUCAGUAAUGUCCUGACUAUACUUUGUGAUCAGUUAAAUGCAACUUGGUGAAUUAAAAGUACCAAUUUCCUUCCAAAACAGCUAAAUCUGUACCUUAUUCCAAACUUUUGGCCACCAGUGUACAUUCUAAAUUCGCAUAGAAGUGGCUGCUUAUUAUAAACCCAAUUAAAUAAUAAAUACAAUUAUAACAUUACAUAACCGAGCAGAAAAAUUAAGGUGAGUAUCUUACCAGAAGCUGAUAUUGCAAUAGGGCUGGGCGAUAAAACAAUAUCGAUAUUUAUCACGAUAAAGAAAAUCCACAAUAAGCUUUUGAGGAAUUUUCGAUAUUUACUGCUUUCUCAGGCUGCGUUUCCACUGGGGUGGACAAUAUCCGCUCAAAGGCGCUCACAGCACUAGGAGAGAGCUUGCUCCGCACCGCUGCCAAUCCUAUGAUCCACCUUACGCGAGCAUGACGCUUGGCUUUCAUAGGAAUUCAGUGAAACCCUCUCAGCUUCACUCACAACGUGCCAGUGGUAACGUAGGGUCAGACUGGAUGAACUUGCUAGUGCUAGCUGCCUUGCUAACGAUUAGGCUACGUCGUACACCGGAUUGAUUCCAUCUGCACCGCAAAACUUCAUGACAACAGUUGCACCCUCUCAUUAUCUCUAGUGAAAAGCGCGACAGAACAACAGUGAUGUGGACAACAGCUCUGAUCUUUCUGCUCUGUAAUGUUGAAUAUUGUUCUCUAGCACCAAACAUGCAUAAUUUCUGCCCUUUACCGCUCUGCACGCGUUGCCUCUUUUCCCUGCAUGUGUGUAAACAUGAAGUGCCACAUGAGUUAAUGUGGUUUCAAAGCACCUUUUAG